AUGGCGAGAGGCGGCGGCGGCGAUCCGAGGCCGGAGGAUGACCCUUUCUCCGACGGCGACACCACCGGAUCCGAUUCCGACGAGUCCCCUCAGCAGGGGAUGGGGGCUCGCCGCCCCGGCGCUGCCUCCAACCCGAUCCUGAAACGCCUCGCGGUGUCGCGGAACCCGAGCCCGCUGGCCGCGGCCACCGCGGCGCCAGGGGUCUGCCUCCUCCGCUUCGCCUGGGAGUCCGCCGCGGGCUCCCUCGUCGCGCCGUCGUUGGAUACGGUAAACCCACGCCUCCCGUCGUCUCUGCUCUCCCUUGCCUCCCCGUUCGAAUGGAACCUUAACCUCGCGCUAGGGUUUAUGGCUCACCGACGGCGAGGCAACGUGUGUCGUGACGCCAUUUCGAGGCCCUCAGGUAAAGGUUUGGUUAUGAUGAAGGGGUUUAAAGGAUCAUUUCCUGAUGCUGCGUCAUCUGCUAAGAUAUUUGCUGUUCUUGCUGGUGUUCAAAGUUUGGUAGCCUGUUCUUUGAGAAAACUUCGUGGAAAAGAUGAUGGAAUCAAUGCAGGAGUCGCAGGCUGUUGUACUGGCCUUGCUUUGAGCUUUCCAGGUGCACCACAAACUCUGAUUCAGAGCUGCCUGACCUUUGGGACUUUCUCUUACAUCAUUGAGAAGCUAAACAAGCAGCAGCCUGCGCUGGCGCCCCCCUCUCGACAGGUGUGA